UACAAACGCGAAUUCAAAGUUAUGGCAAUUGCGAAAAAAUCUCUAAAAAUUAAAGGAAGGCAAUUAAUUUUCAAGAGCGCCUUGGAACUGACCUGGAAGCAAUUUACUUCAACAACUUCAAUUCAUGGUCUCAAAAAUACGUCUGAUUCAAGAGGAACUAUAAAAACACGAAUAACAUGGGCAACUAUCACAAUUAUUUGUUUUAUUUGUGCAAUAAUUCUCAUGAAAACAUUCUUGAUGCGAUACAAAUCUAAUCCUACGAGAAUAAAUCUAAAAACGAGUUUCGGUCAAAUAAAUGAAAUAGAAUUCCCUGCUGUGACAUUCUGCAAUCCUAAUUUCAUGACUCUUUCUCGAAUAAAAGUUCUGCAAGAUUCUCUUGAAAUUCCAUCGAGUUUGGAAGAUUUAUCGGACUCGGACAUUUUUCGUUUUAUAAAAUAUACUGCAGGUUUUACUAAUUUCAUCACCGAUUUCAACGAAAGUGAACUUCCGCAACUUCAAGAGUUAAUGCAACAGAAUCGCUAUGAUGUAGCGCUAACAAUGAAAAAGCUUAUGUAUCCAUGUUCAACACUUCUGUAUAGAUGUCGAUGGGAGGGAAAAUUUAUUGAUUGUGAAAAACUUUUCUCAAUCUCUGAAACUUACCAAGGAUUUUGUUGUUCGUUUAAUAUUUUAAAAACGUCAAUUAUUUCUCCAAUGACACAAAAAAAACAUUAUAGGAUUAGAAACACUGAAUUUUUUGGACCCGAUAUGGGAUUAAGUGUUGUUUUGAAUCCACAAAUAGAGAAAUAUGCAAUGACUUCAAUAAAUAGUGAAGGAAUGGAAAUAUUAAUCAACCAUCCAAAUUUAUUCCCGAGUCGAAGUGCGAUUAGACGAAUGUUACCGCACAAACAAGAAACAUUUGUCGAAGUCAGACCUGAGCGAACAGAUUGCUCUCAAGCAGUUAGAACUUUAGCUAUAUCUGAUAGAGGCUGUGUGUUUGAUAAUGAGCACGAGUUGAGAUUUUUUCCAACAUACAAAGAAGAAAACUGCUACGUCGAAUGUUUCAUGCAACUUCAUAUUGAUACUUGCGGUUGCCUUCCAUAUUUCUACUACAACACUGAAAAUGUUCCAAUUUAAACCUGUAUUUGUCCUUCAGAAUGCAAUGGACAGUCAUAUGAAAUUCGUAUAAGCUCCACAAAUAUUGAUUCUAUUAUAUCAGCUCCCAAUGAUUCUUUUUACUUUAAUGUGACAAAAAAUCAUAUGAUUGUUCACGUUUACUUUGUGUCACAAGUUUACAGAGUUUUCAUUCGUUCGUUACUGACAAAUUUGAUUGAUUUGAUAGCAAAUCUUGGGGGCGUAUAUUCACUUUUGAUCGGUAUGUCAACACUUUCAUUUCUUGAAAUCCUCUAUUUCUUCACAGUUCGACUUUAUAUCAAUUACCAAAAGCUAAAAAUAGAAAGUUUAAAACCUAAAAUGUUUUCAAAACGAAUGAAAGAAUUAAAUAUUACGUCAUUAAAAGUCCCAAGAUUGAAUACUGCAAAAAUUAAUCACCCUCACAAUAAACUCAACAAAUGA